AGACAAAUGGACAAUAAAUAUAUGAAAAGAUGCUUCAUAUCAUUAGCAACCACAGAUAGAAACCGCAGAGAUUUGUAAAUAGAAACCACAGUGUGGUGCUACCGCACACGCUGAGUGACCUGAAGUAAUACUAAAAAGAGUGGCAGUGCCAAGUGCUGGUUGACAUGUGCAUACACUGCUAGUGGAAACACUUUUUUAAAAGUAUCAGUUAAAUACGAUCUGUUCAUCCUAUGCACGCACAUGUCCACCAACUGAAUAUAAACGCUAUUUGUAACAUGAUUUGAAAUAUCCCUAAAUUGGAAAUAACCUAAAGUGGAUUAACGGACGAAUGGAUGAAUGGUGGCAUAUAUUUUUUGUGGCAUACUCUUUAUUAGCAAAGGGAAGGAGCACAGAUGCAACUUGGAUGAAUGUCACAAACACAAUGUCAAGUGAAAGAAGCCAGACACAAAAGAACGCAUGCUGUUUGAUAUUCUUUCUUUAAAAUUAAAAAAUACGCAUAAUGCUCUAGAGUGUUAAAUGUCAGGAUAGUGGUUGCAGUUGGGAGGCAUGGAGUUGGUGAUUUGGAAAAGAGACAUGUCUAAGAUGCUGAAUUUGGAAAUACUCUAUUUCUCAACCUGAAUGAUGAUUUAUGGGGCUGUUCAUUUCUUUUCUUUGAUUAAGAUUUUAUUCAUUCGUGAGAUACAGAGACACAGGCAGAGACACAGGCAGAGGGAGAAGCAGGCUCCCUCUGGGGAGCCUGAUGCGGGACUCCAUCCCAAGGACCUCAGCAUCAUGACUGGAGCCGAAGGCAGACUCUCAACCACUGAGCCACCCAGAUUUUAUUUAUUUAUUCAUGAGAGACAGAGAGAGGCAGGCAGAGACAUAGAGGGAGAAGCAGGCUCCAUGCAGGGAGCCCAGUGUGAGACUCGAUCGUGGGACUGUGGGAUCACACCCUGAGCCGAAGGCAGAUGCUCAACCGCUGAGCCACCCAGGUGUCCCGGACACUUACUUUUUAAAGAUGGCUAAAGAGUGAUGUCUGAUGACUGAGGAAAAACGUCUGUUGCUUAAUGAUGGAUAUUGUGAACCAGUUACCCAGACACUCCAGUACUCAAAGAGAAAUUGAGAUCAGCCUCUUGAUUUAACCUCAAAAGCUUCUCUGGUCUUCUGAGCAAGAACUGGAAUAUUCUGGAAACUUUUACUCUCAAACUCACAGGAUGGCAGCCCUUGAUGUGAAUCAGGUGUGUGGUCAUCUUUCUUGGGACCCUUUCUGUCUUCAUGAGGGAAAAAUUGAGGCAAGGAUGGUGGCUGGGUUACUUAAGGAUUCUUCUCAGCACUUAGUGACCUUCGAGGAUGUGGCUGUGGACUUUACCCAGGAGGAGUGGACUUUGUUGGAUCAAGCAGAGAGAGAUCUCUACAGAGAUGUGAUGUUGGAGAACUACCAGAAUCUCAUUACUCUAGCAGGAUAUGAAUCAUGCCAACCUGGUCUCAACUCUACAGUGGAAGUAGCAGAAGAGCUGAGGACAGGAGGGAGAGGAGUUCUCCAGGAAUUGGAAUUGCAACUCAAAACCAAAGGUUCCAUACCACUUCAGAAUAUUUCUUUGGAAAAAACAUCAGAUGAAAUAAAAUUGCAGGAGAGAAGCAGUGCUGGAGUGAAACGAUAUGGCUCUAACAUCUGUGGAAGAGCAUUUAGUGGACACUCAUUUACAACUCACAUUCGACAGAAAACUUCUAAGGAUAAUCAGAAUGGAAAAGCCUUUAAAAAGAACUUUAUUUGUACUUUGCCCAAGGAAAUCCCUGUUGGGGAGAAAACUUCUGAGAGUGUUCAACAUGAUAAAGCCUUUAGUCAGCUUUCAAAUCUUACUGGACACAAGAAAAUUCAGAUACAAGAGAAAGUGUGUGAAUGCAAAGAUUAUCAGAGAACUUUUGUUAAUCAGUCAUCCCUGAAGGUACACAUGAGACACCACACUGGAGAAAAACCAUAUGAAUGUAAAGAAUGUGGGAAAGCCUUUACUCGAUCCACAGGACUUAUUUUACACAUGCGAAUUCACACGGGAGAAAAACCAUAUGAAUGUAAGGAAUGUGGAAAAGCUUUUAUUCAUUCUUCAUACCUUACAAAACACAUAAGAAUUCACAGUGGAGAAAAGCCAUAUGUAUGUAAGGAGUGUGGGAAAACUUUUACUCGUUCCUCAGGACUUGUCUUACACGUGCGAACACACACUGGAGAGAAACCCUAUGUAUGUAAGGAAUGUGGGAAAGCCUUUAAUAAUUCUUCGAUGCUCAAUCAGCAUGUAAGGACACACACUGGAGAGAAGCCAUAUGAAUGCAAGCAAUGUGGGAAAGCUUUCACUCAGUCAUCAGGCCUGACCACACAUUUAAGAACUCAUACUGGAGAGAAGGCCUAUGCAUGUAAAGAAUGUGGGAAAGCUUUUGCUCGUUCUACAAAUCUUAACAUGCACAUGCGAACACAUACUGGAGAAAAGCCGUACAAAUGUAAAGAAUGUGGGAAAGCCUUUAGAUACUCCACAUGCCUUAGUAUUCACAUGCGAACUCACACUGGAGAGAAACCAUACGAAUGUAAGGAAUGUGGGAAAACCUUCACUCAAUCUUCGGCACUUGCUAAACAUUUAAGAACUAAGGCAUGUGAAAAAAACCUGUAAAUGUUUUUCAGACUAGUGUUCAUAUCUAACCUCAUCUGGAUAAAGUACCUUAUGAAAGUAAAGAAUGUGUGAGAAAGCUUUACUCAUUUUUCAUCCUUAAUAGAUAGGUAGGAACUUCCUAGGCCAGAAUUCCCAUUCAUAUAAUGUAUAUGAGAGAGCAGUAAUUGUUCAUACCUUAAAGAAUGCUUAAGAACUCAAUACUUGAGAGAACUUUCCAGUUACAAGGUAUGUGGGAGAACCUUUUUGUUGUUGCUCUAACAUUAAUUUUACAUAUCAAAAUUACUGUAAAAGUCAGGAGUGCCUGGCUGGCUCAGUUGGUAAAGCUUGAUCUCAGGGUUGUGAGUUUGAGCCUCAUGUUGGACAUAGAGAUUACUUAUAAAUAGGUAAGAAGUUACUGUAAAAGUGAUGUGAAGGUAAGAAUGAUCUAUAUAGCCUUAAAAUAUGACCACAUGCUUUGAUAGCAAAUAACUCACACUAGCGAUGAAUCAUCUGUACUUAAGGAAUGUGGUAAAACCUUAGUGCCAAGGCCUUAAUGUUCACAUGAGACUUCAGAUGGUAUAAAACCAUACAGAUGUAAAGGACCCAGGAAGAUCUGCAGUUGUUUCUUGUAUCUUUUAAGAAUCAGCAUUUAAAAAAACAGUGGAGAGAUUUCUAUACAUCUAAGAAAUAUGGGAUAGCUUCAGGAAAGGUUUUAGAGAUUCUUGACUGCUUCAUAUGCAAGGAGACUCAUGAAUGUAAGAAAUGCUGAAAAAUUUUCAGGUGUUAGUAAGUCACAACACAGUGAAGAGAAACCCUAUGAUGGUAAGAUACUUAGCCCUAGAUGUUAACAUUCUUUGGUAAUCUCAGAGAGGCAGAAAAUGUUAAUGUUAGAAAUAAUGGUAAUGCCUUUGUGUCUGUGUGUGUGUCUAUUACUUGGCUUUUGACCUUUAGUAAUAAUCCACACUGGAGAGAAAUAGUGGCUGUAGGGUACAUGGGAAAUGGUGUAUCCAUCUUAUAAAUCUUACACUACAUGUGAAAAGCCACCCUGGAAAGAAGCUGAAUGAAUGUAAAAAUGUGGGAAUGAUUUUUUGUAAUACAUAUCCCUUAAGAGACUCAAAUACUGGAGGAACAAAGUAUGAAUGAGAGGAAUUUGGGGGAAGCUUUCGGGUACUAUUCUUCAAUCACUGUACACAAGAGAAUUCUUCCUGGAGUCAUAAUGAAAUAAAUGACAUAAAUGCAAUUGCCUUCUGUGUGUCAUU